GGUUUGAUACGAAGUUCUUACACGAUGACAAACACGGGCGUGCAUUAUUAUCAACUUGUCUACUAGGUAGCAACGCCAACGGCAAAGCGAGAGCCCUUGGUAUUUGUGUGAAAAGAUUUAUUUCACAAACACAUCAUUUCUUCAGUAAAUUUGCCUUGUUCGUGUUUACUUGAAGGAGUCACAAAAUGGAGGUCGACCAAGAAGGGAAGAAUGCGAGUCCUAAGGACGUGGAUAUGGCUGACGCUGGUGAUGCAGUGAGUGAGGCUCCUACAUAUGUUUACGCUCCUCGCCCUGUGAGUGAGGGAACCACGUACGCGCACGGGAGUGGACCAGGCUCAGUGUCCUCCCAAGAAGAUGCAACCCAACGUUAUCCCCUUCGGGAUAACGGGAAUUUAUGAAGAAUGAUUUGCGUCCAUACUACGACGCACCCGCAAAGAGAGAGCGUGGUUCAAAUGAGUCCUCCCUUCGUGACUCCACCAUCGGUUUUCGUGUUUCGGGAUUUUUUUUCAUUCAGGUAGUACUCAAGUGAUUUUGGAUCCUUGCUCUGUCCAGUUGUGGCCGCCCCUAGUCUAACUUGGCCCACCGCGGAGGGGGCCACCAGCCGCGUGGGAUUGACGAGUUUCCCACCCACGUUUGAAACGACAAGUACUGAUAACAUCGGAGGAGGUGGUGAAACGCCUCCCAGACGGCGACAGGCUCUUCUAGCGGAAAAACAGGCAGCCAUCGAAAUCAGCGGAGCCGGCGUCGCAUCAUCGUCUUCAUCCAUUAAGACUUUUUGGGAAAUUUCGAUCUGUAGUGUUUCAUUCAGCGUAUUAGACUGGAAUAACACAAAUGAUAAUCAUCUACUUGUUAUUAGCUGUAGUACUAGGGGACGAGCGCUAGAGUAUUAUUUUUGUGAUAGAUGAUUGAUCAUGUUUGGAGAAAGCUGUUGAACUUUAUGGUCUAACUGCCGUACAAACCAGAGUAAACCGCAGAAGGCAGUGAACUGGAGUGCUUCAGUUAUCAGUACAAGUGCGGCUGGGAGUAGUAGUGUUUUAUCGAAGGAGACCACUGCGUCGACGUCUGCUUCGUCCAGCUCUAAAAAGGAACUUCCUAAGAACCUGUUGCUGGUACAACUAAUGCUUUGUUUUUGUUUGCUCCUGUCGUUUUCCUCGACCUCUCUUCAUUUUUUUUAGUUUUGUUUACAGUCGGAGUCAUGAAUUCUACGCAUCAGGCAUGACUAUUACUCAUCUUCGUUCAUGCUACGUAAGUACUUGUCCAAAAAAAAUUUCAAAUGAAUUGAACAGGAUCGACCUAUUCCAAAAAAAGACGCGAGCUCUAGCGUGGGGACGCAAGAUGCAACGCAGCGUUACGUUCUCCCCAAAGGACUCACGUGGCAUUAUACUCACGCCCCUGAUGGUGCAGUAGCGAAGCUUAGAAUUUCUGCAAGGGGCUCGUGUGUGCAGGAUAAAUACGAAGGCGCGUCAAUCUACAUUUUUGAGGAUUGCGACACGGGCCACAUAUUCUUUUAUGAUCGAUUAUACAUCGUUCGCGGUACCGGUAGUCGCACUUGCUCCAGGAGCACUUAGCAGUCCCUAUCAAGGCAAUACGAAUGCUCCUGCAGGGGAGCCGGUGGAAGUUUUUAUAUCAUCGUGUGCCAGGUGUCUUCUUCUCUACUCUAAUCGCUGUCGCAGAUAACUAAGGACGUACCGGGUUGGGACGAUAGAGCGGUUAGAGAGGAUCGUCGGGAUGAGAAAACGAACCAAAAAGUCUCGAGAAUGCUGCACAAGCCUCCCAAUCUCAGGAGCUGCAAGUUUGUCAACCGCAUUGUCGUGGGACGGAAUAAAAAGUGUCUACAAACAAAUUAUAGUUAAUCCUUCUCCUCAUGUGAUAGUUAUUACAACCACAAUCAUUAAUGCAUACUCGUUUCAAUAGUAUAUCCUCUAUUAUUGAAGCUUGAUUUAGGCAAACGGAAGCGGUGACGCUUCGCUCGACUUUGAGCUUUUGGUGUAAGUAUGGGGACGACCGCUGCAAUUUCGUUACGGUCUCAACGGCGCAGCGAUUGCUUGUAGCGCAACAUUGAAUGUACAGGUUUCAAUCGAGGGACGAGCCAAACGGAGUCUGGUGCGAUUACAAAUAUGUUGAUAAAAAUGGCGACACGCAGCCCUCGGGGGUUUCUGGUAAGCAUUUCGAGAUUACGAGAGAGGCCGACGGGUGGUAUAUAACCGACUACUCGACGAAUGGAACGUAUCUUAGCACUGGGGCAGUUGAGGGAGAACGAAUCGCGCAUGGGGUUGGCCGGCCGCUGCGUUCGGGAACUUUCAUACGUUUUGGGCAGGUGGUUUGUCCAGAGUAUUAAAAUUGAUUUGAUGUGAGAGGUUUUUUGUGGAGUCAGCAUUUCUGACCUGAAAAAAUCAACCUAAGUAGAUUUUUGUUACGCGGGAUGCAAACCCUCUACUAAAGUUCCCUGCGACUGAUCUUUUAAGUCUUUUUUCGCUUCGUCUAACAGGAAUGAGAAUCGUUGCUUCAUGGCCACUGGUGUGGAACUGUAUUUCGAAACGGUGCAUCCCAAGCAGCAAAUAGACGAGAAGUACGAGCUAGAUAGGGCUAACGAGAUAGGGAAGGGGAAUUUUGCUGUGGUCUUCCGCGCGAUUGACAGGAGGGAAAUUAAUCGAAAGACGCAUUAUGCAAUCAAGUGCAUCGACAAGAGCAAGUUCGAAAAGUUCACAAAGAAUCGACAAACAACGUUGGACCUGAAUUGCGAGGAGAAAAUGUUGAAAGUUGAGGCACGAGCCAUAAAAUACCACACCCUGCAGGUUGACGCCAUCAUGUUGCUUCCUUGGUCUUUGUAGGUACCAUAUCAGUAUGUGCGGGCUUUCUUGUUGAAUGACCGUCGAUGAGCAGAAACAGGGUAACAAGAAAGGUGGCUGUAUGGUGACAUCACUUUUUUGGCGUCUGUAUAGUCUCUUGUCUCUCAUGGGCUUUCUAAGAACUAGCUACGGCAUCCGCACAUUGUCCAGUUCUAUGAGAUGGUACCCGAGGCGGAUAAGCUGUAUCUCGUCACCGAGUUCAUGGCUGGUGGUGACCUGCUGCAGCGACUGCUUGACUGCGGAGUUUACUCAGAAAGGACGACACAGCGCAUUUUCGCCUAAGGCCUUGAUGUGCGAUUUUUGGAAAGACAAUCAAAUAAAACACGCCUUUUGAUCGUGAAUUAUAGUAAAUGAUUCAGCGUGUUUUAGACUGCUAGAUCCCAGCUCUAAUCAACGGAGAUUCUGGACGCGAUACGGUACCUGCACAACAAAAAAAUUAUGCACCGAGACCUAAAGCCGGAGAAUGUGUUGCUCACAAGCGGGUCAGAGGAGGCCACUGCAAAGGUCGGAGAUUUUGGUCUAGCGCGUUACCUAGAUAUUCCGAUGAGGAGCAGUGCUGGUGGGACCACGAAGGUAUCUUUUUACAUGUAUUAUAGUCAGCAUAUUCUGAGUUGUUUCGUGGUCUCGCCGAUAGGAGCAAAGAGUCAGUAUGGGGCGCUGAUGAAGAUUAAGAGCUGUAGAAGAUUUAUAGCAUAGUAACUGCACCAGUCCUCACCUGAUCGAGUUUAAUAUAGUUUCUCCAGUUCGGUAGGAAUGCAAAACAACCACUCUAGGGCUCACCGCCCGGAGAGAAGAAAAAUCUGACUCGAGCUCAAACUUUUUGUGGGACCCCGCACUACUUUGCGCCAGAGAUCAUAAUGACCCAGCGAGGCAAGGCAGAAGGUUAGUGAUUACUGCUUUAGCUUUUUCGAUUUUGCAUUAGGCUUAUGAUAGAGUGUGUGGUUUCUUCCUUCGCUUGCUGUCGUGGCUGAUACCGAGAUAUUGAUAGUAUUAGAACAGAGUUGUUUUUGCUGGAUAAGUAAUUUGGUGGAAUCUUUUGGAAGACAAGAACGACUUUGAGAUGAGAUCACGCGAUUUGCAAACUACAGGUUAUGACUAUUCCGUCGACAUUUGGGCCGCCGGUGUCAUCCUUUAUAUUCUUCUGAGCGCGGCUCCGCCAUUCGAUGAUGAUGUUAUGGCUUGAUGAGAAAGAUACAAUUCAAUCCCUUAGAGAUUGUUGAGAUAGAUCUUGACAGUAAGCUUCCGCAACUGAGGGCGUUACUAGUCGAUUCGGUCAUAAAAACUUUCUUUGUUUGAAGAUGGUUUUCAUUUUUUGAAAUGCGUGUAACAAUCAAGAAUGUGUUGAUUUCAUUUAUUCUUUCCUUGUAAGAAGAGUUUCUUAAUUUUGAAUCUGUUCUUUCAUAUUUCACGGACUCUACGAACAGAUUAUUGCGGCGCAGUACAGUUUUGACGAGGAGGAAUGGGCUGCUGUUCCUAGAGAGGCGAAGCAUCUCGUGCAAUGUUUAAUGGUUACUGAUCCCGCGAAGCGUUAUGACGUCCACCAAGCCCUCGCUCAUCCGUGGCUGAGAGACGGAUCGACAAAGAGGUUUAGGGAAAGCACUGGAGGCGCAGUGCCUACGGAGCAUAUGCCGUAGAUGUUUUCUAUUUUGCUGUAGACUGCAACCAAGCGGCAAUCGUGAAAUGUGUCAAACGAAGACGAGCUUUUGUGAGUACAUGUAUUUGUGUCUUUGCUUUUGAUGCAAGGUAAAUGAGUUAAUUCGACCCGUUUGCAGUAAUCAUAAUCAAUUUAUUCCACGAGACGUAUUUGGGCUUCACCCGCCUGUAUCGAGACCUGGCCACCUCGAUUUUGAAUCUGAGAAUAUCAUUUUAUGCAUCUUUUUAGCUGGACAAGCAUUCGUCUUAUGCACGAGCUUUUGCCGAUGAAAAUUCCGUAAAUGAACUUGCCUUCUAGAUGGAGUGCGGCGCAGCGUGUAAGUAGUUGAGCAUUAUAGAUAUCGAAUUGCGAUGUCUGAUGCACCACGUGUGAAGAGAACGCUGCACUUAUUUGAUUUAGUUUGACAGAGUAUGAAGUCCCGUGGUCGGUUCCGUAAGUCGGACACAUCAUUCGUUUCGCUUUGUGCGUAUUAGUUUCAGGUAUCCCUUUUCCUACGAGCAUACCAUCUUGGUCGUUUCAACAGUCAAACAUGUCAAAAUGCAACUCCUGCUGUUUCGGGCGAGGACUCACCGACCGCAAAUCGAAAGCAAUUGUUUUUGGCUUGCAAUGAUCCGUGAAUGUAACGAAGUCGUCUUGGAAAAAUUAGCGGUUACUCAUUGGUACCUCGUUUAGAAAGAUUGAUGGGCAAAUUUUUGUCCCGAACUUCCUAUUUAUUCUUGCCAGAUGAGCAUGCUGUGUUUGUACUAGAAGAAAUGC